AUGGGAUGUAGAAUUAUGAAACGUUAUAUUAUGGAACGUAAAACUAUGGAACACAAUACUAUGGAACAUAAUACAAUGGAACAAAAUAUUAUGAAGCAUAGAACUAUGGAACCUAAUACAAUAGAACAUCAUACUAUGGAACGUAGAAUUAUGAAACAUCAUACUAUGGAACGUAGACCUAUAGAACAUAGACCUAUGGAACAUAAUACAAUGGAACAUCAUACUAUGGAACGUCGUACUAUGGAACAUAAUACAAUGGAACAUCAUAUUAUGGAACGUCGUACUAUGGAACAUAAUACAAUGGAACAUCAUAUUAUGGAACGUCGUACUAUGGAACAUAAUACAAUGGAACAUCAUAUUAUGGAACGUCGUACUAUGGAACAUAAUACAAUGGAACAUCAUAUUAUGGAACGUCGUACUAUGGAACAUAAUACAAUGGAACAUCAUAUUAUGGAACGUCGUACUAUGGAACAUAAUACAAUGGAACAUGAUAUUAUGAAGCAUAGAACUAUGGAACGUAGAACUAUGGAACAUAAUACAAUGGGACAUCAUAUUAUGGAACAUAGAACUAUGGAACGUUGUUAA